AAUUCUAUGCUACGGCUGAUUGAGUUGACAUUCAAGUGACAUUCGCGUGGCCUUGUUCGACUGCGAGAUUUUUAGAUUCGUCAGGAUUUUUGGAAGAAAAACUGUCUCAUUAAUAACUUCUUACAGUCACUCAAACACGAUAUUUUGCGUUCAAUCCCGGAACGCCACAUUCGAAAGGUAGAACCUUUGGGAUUCUGCUAGAAACGACCUCAAUCAACAUUCAACCGAAUCAACCCAAGAGCAUCAUUCAAUUUGUUUUGGAUAAACUUCCAGCUAGUGUUUUGGGCUACGGUCCAUAGGUGAGGAAGAUCUGAAACUGCAAAGGCAUCGGUUCCGCAACGCAACGAGAGUGCAACAAUAGAGCAGCAAAGUGAUGCGUAGCCGAAGUAACUCGGGUGUCCGGUUGGACUACUAUCAGAGGAUCGUGCAUCGAUUGAUCAUGCGACAUCAGCAACCGGUAACCGGUCUAUUUCCCGCUAGUCCGCAGACACAACACGCUUGGAUUCGCGACAAUGUCUACUGCAUUUUGGCUGUGUGGGGCCUAUCGAUGGCGUACAAGAAGAUCGCCGAUCAGGAUGAGGAUCGUGCGAAAGCGUACGAGCUGGAACAGUGCUGUGUCAAGCUCAUGCGUGGCCUCCUCAUGGCGAUGAUGAACCAGAAGGAGAAAGUGGAGCGAUUCAAGACAUCACAGAACCCACUCGAUUCGCUGCACGCCAAGUACUCGAGCCGCAACGGUCAGAUAGUGGUAGGGGACAGUGACUGGGGUCAUCUGCAAAUCGAUGCCAUCUCGCUCUACUUGCUCAUACUGGCACAGAUGACUGCCUCCGGGCUCCAGAUUGUAUUUUCCCUCGACGAAGUCGCGUUUAUUCAGAAUCUCGUCUUUUACAUCGAAUCCGCAUACUGUAUUCCGGACUACGGCAUCUGGGAGCGAGGGGACAAAUCGAACCAUGGCCAACCAGAACUGAACGCGAGCUCCAUUGGUAUGGCCAAAGCGGCUCUCGAAGCAAUGAACGAGCUUGAUCUGUUCGGAGCGCGUGGAGGCUCUGGUUCCGUCAUUCAUGUUCUGGCAGAUGAGGCCCACAAGUGUCAGGCGGUGUUGCAGUCGAUGCUGCCUCGCGAAUCCAACAGCAAGGAACUCGACGCCGGCUUGCUAUCUGUGGUCGGAUUUCCUGCAUUUGCCUGUGACGACCCGCAGUUGAUAGAGGCAACGCAGGAGGCUAUCAUAACACGACUACAGGGUCGAUAUGGCUGUAAGCGGUUCUUACGCGACGGAUACAAGACGCCCAAGGAAGACAAUACUAGACUGUACUAUGAACGCUGGGAGCUGCGCAUGUUUGAAAAGAUCGAGUGCGAAUGGCCUCUAUUUUUCUGCUACCUGAUCCUGAAUAAAGCGUUUCAGAAUGACCGCCAGGCCGUAGUGGAAUACUCACAAAAGCUGGAAGACAUCCUGGUGAAAACUGAAGAAGGGAUGAAACUAGUACCGGAGCUAUAUGCAGUGCCUGAGGAGGGGGUUGCAGCCGAAUAUCUAGCGUCUGGUAGCCAGCAGCGGAUUGUAGUCGGCCGGUGUCCGUUUCUCUGGGGGCAGUCACUCUACAUUCUCGGCAAAUUACUGCAGGAGGGCUUCCUGGCGGUCGGUGAGCUGGACCCGCUCAAUCGGCGGCUCGGUGCGCAAAAGAAGCCGGAUGUCGUGGUGCAGGUUGUGAUUCUGGCAGAGGACAACGACAUUCGUGAUAAAUUGGCCGAGCACGGUAUUCAGGUACAAACUAUAGCGGAUGUGGCCCCCAUCGAAGUGCAGCCGGCUCGCGUGCUUAGCCACUUGUACACCUAUCUGGGGCGUAACAAGAAACUCGGGUUGUCUGGACGCAAGUCCCGCGAUGUCGGUAUUCUCAGCACCAGCAAACUAUACUCACUGAAGGAUCGCAUAUUUGCAUUCACACCGCAGAUAUUCGAUCAUGACGAGUACUACACAUCACGUGAUCCCGCCUUGCUUGCAAGCAAUUUCACGGAUAUACUUGCAUUCCUGAGCUAUAGCUGGCGCCAUCUUCUCGGUCGGCCCACGAUCACUCUCAUGGCCACCCAUUGGCUGCUAGAUAACAAUAAAGUCCCGUUGGCGAUGAUUCAAACGAUGAAAAAGCUUAAAUCGGGCUACAUAAGCGGUACACGGGUGAUACUCGGCAAUCUAGGCGAUUUCAUCAACACGUCCGCUAUCACGGACCUUAGCUUUCUUGGUAGUCAGGAGGAUGGCUAUCCGGACAAGCUGAAUCCGGCUGUUCAGGCGUACCUAGACGAACAUCUGUUACGCUCAUUCAGUCACCGCGCAUCGACAACCUCCAUCCGGUCGUCUGGUUUGCGUCCGAAAAAUCUGCGGCGUCGCAUGUCAGUGAAGGGAGCCAUCAAGAAGACACGGUCGAUCAAUGUGGAUUCCGAAACUCUCGGUAUGGAGGGUAAUGUUACGGAGCGGCGUCUUUCGCAUGCAUCGCCCGCCUGGCUCGAGCCCAACCAAACGACCGUAGGAGCUGUCGUGGGUGGCAGUUCGGGACUCGUCUCCGCCCAUUCGCAGAUUUCUCGAGAUCCGUCACCGAAUGCAUCUUCAAUGAUAGCAGGACAGCCCCGUUUUGGCACAGAUCGCAUGUCUCUGGACGACGAUGGUAAGAAGCUGCACAUCCAAACAUCAGCCACCGCUGCCACGCCAAAAAUACACGUGCAACCUUUGCCACGCCAUCGACCUACCACGGAGAGCAACUUUGAGAAUACGGAGGUCGAAGAGCUGAUAGCAAUGCUCCGCGAAACGGAGAGCCUUGAGGAGCAGGGUGACAUACUGCAGCAUCUGGUGGAUACCCAGGGUCUCGACUUUAACACCGAGUUAUCGGGUGCGGUUAACGAUGAUUCGCCUUCCCAAGGGAUGUUGGAGGAAGGACGAGUGGUGACCGUACGCGGCCUGUUGAAGGGACUCUACGAGAAGGCAUGUCAGCAGAAAAUGUGGGGCCUGGUGCGCCACACAGCGGGAAUGCUGGGCAAGCGUGUCGAGGAUCUGGCCAAGGCGGUAACCGAUUUGCUCGUCCGUCAAAAGCAGGUAACGGUCGGCAUGCCGCCGAACAGUGAGCACACGAUAACGGCCCCGCUACCGGAAAUGGAACUCCGCUCGGUCAUCCACGAGGCGUACGGAGACGACGAAAGUACGGCCAUGUUGUCGCAGGAGUUGCUAGUAUACCUAGCAAUGUUCAUCCGCACUGAGCCGCAAUUGUUCCACGAGAUGUUACGGCUGCGUGUUGGUCUCAUCAUCCAGGUGAUGGCGAAGGAGCUUUCGCGUACCCUAAACUGCGAUGGUGAGCAGGCGUCAGAGCAUCUGCUCAACCUAUCGCCGUUCGAAAUGAAGAACCUACUGCACCACAUACUUAGCGGCAAGGAGUUUGCGAUUAACAGUGUGGCGCGUGGCAACAUUUCGAUCGUAAGUUGCAAGUCCAGCCGCGUCAGCAAGAAGAGCCAGAUCGGCAUCGGCGAGCCGGAAAGUGGUACUACCGACAGUGGCUCGCUAAUCGAUGACAGGCAGGGACAGUGGCUGCGGCGCCGCCGCCUGGAUGGUGCCCUCAAUCGGGUGCCGCGUGACUUCUAUCCGCGCGUGUGGACUGUCCUCGAACGCUGCUCGGGACUUGCGAUCGAAGGUCGCGUCCUACCUCAAAGCCUCACGCAGGAGAUGACUCCGAACGAGCUGAAGUUUGCACUCGAGGUAGAGACGGCGCUCAACACAAUUCCGCAGCCCGAGUACCGGCAGCUGGUAGUAGAAGCGCUGAUGGUGCUGACCCUCGUCACCGAACACAACAUCUUAGCAUCGCUCGGCGAAAUCAUCUACGUUGAACAUCUCGUGCACAAGGCGAAUCAACUGUUUCUCGUGGACCAGCGCAAGGUGCACGGCGACGCAAUACUUUGUUGCGCGAAGAACAAGGAUAUCCGCGAGACAACCACCGCCGGACUACUGCUCUGUGGCGGUGCGGCCUAUAUUUGCCAGCAUCUGUAUGAUAGCGCACCGAGCGGUAGCUAUGGUACGAUGACGUACAUGGCGCGAGCGGUCGCCUCGGUGCUCGACUGUCUGCCAAAACAAGGUGAUAUGGAUUGUACCAUUUCCUAGACCACCAGUCGCUGUUACAAAGGAUGCAAGCGAAGCAAAUAUAGUAUGUGCUUAAAGUGGAAGCGAAUCUUUCCACAAAAAAUAGGAAAUCUUAUCUAAACAUACGUUCUGCAAACACACAUACACAUAUUGAAUGAUAAAUACUAUGCCGCAGCAUAUCGUCGACGGCCAGAGAGGUUUCGGAGACCCUAACAGCUCGACUCCUCGGGGCAGCAGCUCCAUUAACAGUACAUCUACACUGCGUUAACGUCCCUGAAAUAUGCACCUUUCUUUUGUAGAUCACGAUAAUUCAUUCACUAUGUUACUUCUGUAGUCUAUAGCACAAACACACCCACUCUUUGCUUGUGGUUAGCUACUAUUGAAUAAAUGGAACUGGCGUGUGUGGUUAACUUGUAGACAACACCAUACAUAGCAUAGAACGAAAUAAUCCGAUUGUUAAUUUGCAAUUUAAUGGUUGAAUAAACACAGUUAUACUAUCGUACAAUCA